ACUUGCUUUUUUUUUUGUUUCAGUAUCAAGAUAAAGAGGAAGUUGUCUUAUGGAUGAAUACUGUUGGGCCCUACCAUAAUCGCCAAGAGACAUACAAGUACUUUUCACUUCCAUUCUGUGUGGGGUCAAAAAAAAGUAUCAGUCAUUACCAUGAAACUCUGGGAGAAGCACUCCAAGGAGUUGAAUUGGAAUUUAGUGGUCUGGAUAUUAAAUUCAAAGAUGAUGUGAUGCCAGCCACUUACUGUGAAAUUGACUUAGAUAAAGAAAAGAGAGAUGCAUUUGUGUAUGCUAUCAAAAAUCACUACUGGUACCAGAUGUACAUAGAUGACUUACCAAUAUGGGGUAUUGUUGGUGAAGCAGAUGAAAAUGGAGAAGAUUAUUAUCUUUGGACCUACAAAAAACUUGAAAUAGGUUUUAAUGGAAAUCGAAUUGUUGAUGUUAAUCUAACUAGUGAAGGAAAGGUGAAACUGGUUCCUAAUACUAAAAUCCAGAUGUCGUAUUCAGUAAAAUGGAAAAAGUCAGAUGUAAAAUUUGAAGAUCGAUUUGACAAAUAUCUUGAUCCAUCCUUUUUUCAACACAGGAUUCACUGGUUUUCAAUUUUCAACUCCUUCAUGAUGGUUAUCUUCUUGGUGGGCUUAGUUUCAAUGAUUUUAAUGAGAACUUUAAGGAAAGAUUAUGCUCGAUAUAGUAAAGAAGAAGAAAUGGAUGACAUGGAUAGAGACCUAGGAGAUGAGUAUGGAUGGAAGCAGGUGCAUGGAGAUGUAUUUAGACCAUCAAGUCACCCACUGAUAUUCUCCUCUCUCAUUGGUUCUGGAUGUCAGAUAUUUGCUGUGUCCCUCAUUGUUAUUAUUGUUGCAAUGAUAGAAGAUUUAUAUACAGAGAGGGGAUCAAUGCUUAGUACAGCCAUAUUUGUCUAUGCUGCUACAUCUCCAGUGAAUGGUUAUUUUGGAGGAAGUCUGUACGCUAGACAAGGAGGAAGGAGAUGGAUAAAGCAGAUGUUUAUCGGCGCCUUCCUUAUCCCAGCUAUGGUGUGUGGCACUGCCUUCUUCAUCAACUUUAUAGCCAUUUAUUAUCAUGCUUCAAGAGCCAUUCCUUUUGGAACGAUGGUGGCCGUUUGUUGCAUCUGUUUUUUUGUUAUCCUUCCUCUAAAUCUUGUUGGUACAAUACUGGGCCGAAAUCUGUCAGGUCAGCCCAACUUUCCUUGUCGUGUCAAUGCUGUGCCUCGUCCCAUACCGGAGAAAAAAUGGUUCAUGGAGCCUGCAGUUAUUGUUUGCCUGGGAGGAAUUUUACCUUUUGGCUCAAUCUUUAUUGAAAUGUAUUUCAUCUUUACAUCUUUCUGGGCAUAUAAGAUCUAUUAUGUCUAUGGCUUCAUGAUGCUGGUGCUGGUCAUCCUGUGCAUCGUGACUGUCUGUGUGACCAUCGUGUGCACAUACUUUCUACUAAAUGCAGAGGACUAUAGGUGGCAAUGGACAAGUUUUCUCUCUGCUGCAUCAACUGCAAUUUAUGUUUACAUGUAUUCCUUUUACUACUAUUUUUUCAAAACAAAGAUGUAUGGCUUAUUUCAAACAUCAUUUUACUUUGGAUAUAUGGCAGUAUUUAGCACAGCCUUGGGGAUAAUGUGUGGAGCAAUUGGUUACAUGGGAACAAGUGCCUUUGUCCGAAAAAUCUAUACUAAUGUGAAAAUUGACUAAAGACCCAAGAAAACCUGGAACUUUGGAUCAAUUUUUCUUUCACAGGGGUGGAACUUGCACAGCAAAAAAAAAGCGCAAGAGAUUUGGGCUUUAACACUGGGUACUUUGUGGGUCUCUCUUUCGUGGAUGGCUUAAAGUAACAUCUAUUUCCAUUGAUCCUAGGUUCUUACUGACUGCUUUCUCCAGCUGUUCACAGCAAAUGCUUGGAUUUUAUGCAGUAGGCAUUACUACAGUACAUGACUAAUCUUCCCAAAAACUAGCUCAUUAAAGAUGAAAUAGACCAGCUCUCUUCAGUGAAGAGGACAAAUAGUUUAUUUAAAGCAUUUGUUCCAAUAAAAUAAAUAGAGGGAAACUUGGAUGCUAAAAUUACAUGAAUAGAAAUCUUCUGGCACUAGUAUUUCUAUGUUACUGAAAAAUGAUGUUCCAGAAAGAUUACUUUUUUCUCUUAUUUUUACUGCCAUCGUCAACCUAUUAAGGGACAUUUUUAUAUAUUGAACCUGGGUUCUUUUUUCACCUUUUUUUUUUCCCCGAUUGAACUACAUCCUUUUUUUUUUAAAGAGAGAAUUUAAAAACAUUAAAUCCUGCAUGUAAUAUAUCUGCUGUCAUCUUAGUUGGACCAACUUCCCAUUUAUUUAUCUUAAAACUAUCCAGUUACAUCUUAAUUCCAUCCAAAGAAGAUACAGUCUGAAGAUAGAGGUGUACUCUCUACAAUGCAAUUUACUGUACAGUUAGAAAGCGAAGUGUUAAAUGGAGAAGAUAUUUGUUUUUAUUAAACAUUUUGAGAUUUAGAUAAACUACAUUUUAACUGAAUGUCUAAAGUGAUUAUCUGCCCCCUCCCCCCCAAGUUAGUCUUACAUCUUUUUUGGGUUUGAAUGAAGGUUUUACAUAAGAAAUUAUUAAAAACAAGGGGGGGUGGGUAAUAAAUGUAUAUAACAUUAAAUAAUGUAAUGUAGGUGUAGAUUCUCAAAUGCAUUUGGAUGUACAGGUUGACUACGGAGUCCUUUUUUCUGAUGAUGAUUGGUGUAGAAAUGUGUGAAUCUGGGCGGCUUUUUACAUCUUGCCUACCACUGCAUGAAACAUCGGGGUUUCUUCAAAAUGUGUGUGUCAUACUUCUUUUGGGAGGGGGGAUUGUUUUCUUCUGUUUUUUUCUGAGGCUCCUACAGGAGCUAAAUUUGUAAUUUAGAAACAUUUAAUUUUGUUAAUCCUGUCUGGGGCACUUAAGUAACAUCUAAAGCAUUACUGCUUUAGAGUGUUAAAAUAAAAUUUCCUGACCAAAUUGUUUUGUGAAAAUAUAUGUGUUUGCAAUUUGAAGAUAUCUUUCAAAAGGCAAUAUUACUGAAUGCAAUUUUUCUUUAAUAUACUGUAAACUAUGCUUUUCUAAUACAGGGGACCCACACUUUAAAAUCCUCAAACUUGCUUACUUCUAGUUUAUCCAGUACAGUCACAGAGUGAAUGACAAGGACUUUGAAUGAAAUUGUGGCACGAGAUCUGUUCAGGUUGGUGUACCGUAUAAAGUGGGGAUGGGUAAAAGUGGUAAGCUUACUAUGGGAUGAGCAAAGAAAGGUUACAGUUUUCUAAGAGAAGAGAUUUUAAUUUAUACGUCUUUCUGGAACUAUCCACAAUGUGAAGUUUUCCUAGAACCAUUGAGUUUCUAGUUUAAUAGUUUGCUAUGCAAAUGACCACCUAAAACAAUACUGUAUAUUGGUAUUUUUAGAAAGACUGAAAAUAGCUGUAUUUAAACCUUAAUGUGAAACUCAUGCCAUUCGUAGGCACAUAAGAUGUUUUCAUUACAAAAUAUGUUUCUAUAAAGUAAUAGGCUCUGCAUCUUAUAAUAUAGCAUGUGAGGACUGUAAAGGGUGAAAUGUUUGAUUUCUUACUACUUCAGUAUGGCUGACAGGAACAAACAAUUUUGAUCAGAAGCUGUAGGUACAUCCUCUUCUUCAAACCAAAAUGUUACAUUAAAUGUUUUCUACUGGUUCUCCCAUUUUCUCUUCCUUCGCACCUACCUUUAAGAUCUUAUAAGAAAAGGAACUAAAAGUCAGUACUUAGUGGCUUACAUUAUGUAACUUUUAAACUACAUGUUAAGUACUUAUAAGAACAGGUAGUCUAUCUGAUGGAGUGUAAAUUGGAUGGCAAGCUUCUGUCUUAAUAAAAUGAAAUUUGCUUCUCAUGAAUCUUGCAAGUAAAAUGUAGGGUUUUUAAAGAAUGAGUGGUUUAGCUGCUUUCAGGUACACCAAUUCCUUUACUAAAUUGAUCUCUAUUUGAAGUCCUUUGAAAUCUUGAGUAAAAAGUAAUUUUCUAAUUUCCAAGUACGUUAUGAACUCCAUUAAAGUGAAUAUAAAUCACUUUGAAAAGUCCUUUAGAAACUAUGCAUUGGUUUAUGGCUUCAUAGAGGGGCUGGAUGUGUGCGUGUAUGUCUUGAAAAAGAUGUAAUCCACAAAUAGUUUAUCUCCCUAGCUCUCAGCUGUAGAAUAGUAAAAUAUAAUGUUAUUUAAGUUAAUUAAAGGGUAGGGUUUUUCUACUCCAUAAAUGCUAUUUGUCUUUCAUUGUUAGUAUUUGCUCAACUUAGCAACUGAUGCUUUGAAUACUAUAAAAAAAAAAAACUAAGGAUAAACUUCCCCAUUGUA